AUGGAAAAUCAGACAGAAAUCAUCGUCGAGAAGUCUGCGAUUGGGAACGAAGUGGAAGUGAUCGAAGGCGGAUACGAUUCCAACCAGACGUACGUGCCAAAACUCAAUUUGUAACUGAAUAACUUAAGAAAACCUCGAAACACUCGUCACAGCCACGGAGGCGGAGGUCACAGUCACGGAUACAGUUCCGGUGGAGGUCAUAGUUACGGAGGGCACGGCGGAGGACUUGAUCAUCAUCAUUUCGGAGGUUACGGAGGAGGAUAUCAUAGUCAGCAUUACGGAGGAUCCGGAGGCUCCGGCUACAACAACUAUGGCUAUGGAAAUGGAUAUUACGGCUAUGGAAACACGUACUACGGAGCCAAUACAGGACUGGUGAACAUGUGUUUGACGUGGCCCUAUGGAUGUUCUAUAACCAAUUAUCGAGCGAGAUAA